CCUGGACCUCCAUCCGAUACCGGGAGGCUGAGGGUCCCCGAGGACUUUGCAGCCGACUCCGUGACUUGUGCAGGCGAUGGCUGAGACCAGGAAAGCGCAGCAAAGCCCAGAUGCUGGACCUGGUGGUUCUGGAGCGGCUCCUGGCUCUCCUGCCCCCAGAGAUGGAGGGCUGGGUGCGGGAGUGUGGAGCAGAGAGCAGCUCCCAGGCGGUGGCCCUGGCGGAAGGCUUCCUGCUGAGCCAGGCGGAGGAGCAGAAGGAGCAGCUCCAGGGGCAGAAGUGCUGCAGUGUGGAGAUCAGAGAUCCUGAGGGAAAGAAGAACCCAUCAAAUCCCCCUCGGGAGCUAUUUUUCAGGAAGAUCCCUUGGGAAGAUCCAAGACAGGACCCCUCAGGAGAGAAACAAAGAAUGAAGAUUUCUGGUUUUUAUGAGGGAGAUCAAACAGCUGUUGAACCUCCAAAUCAAGAGGGUCUUGUGUCCUUCGAGGAGGUGGCUGUGUAUUUCUCUGAGGAGGAAUGGUCUCAGCUGGAUCCUGACCAGAA